GCUACCAGCUCUGCCUCCCUCACUGCUCCACCAACUUGUCACCAAAGAUGGCGAUUUGCUGAGUGCUCAUGGAUACACACAUUUGUCGGUUAGCUCCUAUCGCACCCGAAACGCCAACUUUAAAAACUAACUAACUGCUUAGCGAAGCAACUGUUUCUCCAUCGGAAGGAAAUCUGACAGGACGUCAGCCGUCGCCGCCAUGCAGAUCACGCUGAAAACACUGCAGCAGCAGACUAUUCAGAUUGAGAUAGACCCCGAACAAACGGUGAAGGCCUUGAAGGAGAAGAUCGAGGCUGAACGGGGAAAGGACAACUUCCCCGUUUCUGGGCAGAAGCUGAUUUAUGCCGGGAAAAUCUUGCAAGAUGACACGCCUAUUAAAGACUACAAGAUCGACGAGAAGAAUUUUGUCGUAGUGAUGGUGUCCAAGACUAAACCUGCGGCUCCAGCCUCACCGCCAGUCUCAGAAGCCCCCAAGCUGCCUGUACAAGACUCUGGCUCCACCUCCACCCCCGCCCCGGCUACAAACCCCACUCCGGCCCCCGCCCCGGCUCCGGCCCCGACCCCCGCAGCUGUCCCCAUUUCUUCAGAGGAGGCCAAACCGGAGCCCAACACGGCAGCCACAGAACCCCAGCAGCCAGCCAGCUCCAGUGGUGUCAGUCAGGGCCUGGACGCCUCCUCAACGCUCGUGACUGGAGCCGAGUACGAGGCCAUGCUGACAGAGAUCAUGUCUAUGGGCUACGAGAGGGAGCGAGUGGUAGCUGCACUACGGGCCAGCUUCAACAACCCUCACAGAGCGGUGGAGUACCUCCUCACUGGUAUCCCCAGCAGCCCAGUUCAGGAGAGCAACCCACCGGCCCAGGCCCCCACAUCUGGCCCCACGGAGCCUCCGUCUCUAGCAGAAGGUGAGAACCCACUAGCAUUCCUGAGAACCCAGCCGCAGUUCCUGCACAUGAGGCAGGCCAUCCAGCAGAACCCGGCUCUGCUCCCAGCACUCCUGCAGCAACUGGGCCGAGAGAACCCACAGCUUCUACAGCAAAUCAGCCAACACCAGGAGCUGUUCAUCCAGAUGCUGAACGAGCCGGUGGGAGAAGGAGGCGACGCCCCGGAGGUCGGCGAGAUGGGGGCGGCGGGCGAAGAGGGCGCGCCCGUCAACUACAUCCAGGUCACACCGCAGGAGAAGGAAGCCAUCGAAAGGUUAAAAGCUCUGGGUUUCCCCGAGGCGCUGGUCAUCCAGGCCUACUUCGCCUGCGAGAAGAACGAGAACCUGGCGGCCAACUUUCUCCUCAACCAGGGACUGGAAGACGACUGAACGGGAGCAGAGCUCUGCCCCCUCCCACCCCCAACACCACCACCCCCCUCCUGCCCCACCCAUCCCACUGCUCCCCCCUUCCUCAGCUCAACAUAAAGACUGCACCCCCUGAUCUUACUGUACGACCUCAGCUCAAGCAGACAGGAGGGGGAGGAGGGGCCGGUUGGGGGGUGGAGGGUUAAGUGCAGGAAGGUCAGAUUAUGGGAGUAGUGGGGGGGAGGGGGGAGAAAAGUGUGGAAGGAUGAUGAAAUCCACGUGAAUUCCAAUGGAAUGAGUGGGGUCAGCUUAGGGGAGAGCUGUAAUUUGACUUUAGGUGCGCUUCGUGAACAUUAGGGAGGGGGAGGGGCGGCGGUGGUGGUGGGGGGGCUGUGGGGUUGCGUGCUCAUGUCUGCGUGUGUGAGAGUACUUGUCUGUGUAUGCCUGUGCAAGAUGGAUGCGACACAGUUAGGCUGAAGAAGAAGAAAAAAACCCAACAACAACGUAAUCAAGCUGGCAUCCUCUAAGGUCGUUAAUGCUGUAGCUCAGUCGGUCAGUCGGUUGAACCCGCAUCAUCAGCGUGUGUGUAAAAAAGGAAAAAAAAAACAACAAAAAACAAACAAACUGCUUUGUGUGUACCUCUGUAAGCAUCACGUCCGACAAUGAAAUUAGAAGAAGUGACAGACUGGACUGUGCUGCCCUUUUUUUUUUUUUUUAACAUCUCUCUCUGUCCCAACAUGGUUCUGGGGUCAUGAAGUCAAAAUAGGAACAAAAGCAUCACAGAACAGAAUCUUUAAUAAUCAGUUGAACUCCUGACCAUCUGAACGCGAUGUGAAGAGUCCCCCCACACACACACACACACACACACACACACACACACACAGUGCCUGCUUCUUCAUCACAUCUAAAACUCUGGUUUCUGUUCCUGGUUUCUUAUGACACUACUUAUUAAAUACUGACUGCACACGCUGCUCUCCUCCAACAGCUGCGGUUUCAUUCUGAGCAUAGCAUUAUGAUCAAACAUUAUUAAUGACGGCAACUUGAUCCAAAAACGGACAUUUGGUCAGAAAUGGAACAGCUCUGCAUGUCUCAGCGGGGCAUGGGCCGAAUCAUCAUGAUCACCGUUAUAGAAAACGGCUUGUGAUUAAAAUAAAACACAAUAAUUUGUCAAAUUGAACUUGUUGCAAUAGAUUUAUGAACAUCCACUCGUUGUAUUCAGAUCUUAUUGGGAAUGCACCGAUCAGGCCGAUUUCAGUCUGAUCCUGAUUUUUAUUUUUUCCCCCUACAGACUAACGGAAACAAAUAUGAUCCAGGAUAUUUGAAUGCAAAAGAAGGAAUUGCAAAAUUUAAAUAUUCGUAUUGAUGGCUUUUAGUUCUAUAUCUCAAGAACUUGCUGCUUGUUUCUAGGCUGCAUUUAAUCAGCGGUGUAGAAAACUGGCAGGUUUUCUACAGGGAAAACCAUCACCCUGAUGAUGGUCUUUUUAUUCAGGAUUUAGCACCAAACAUGCCAAGAUUGGCUGGAUAAUUAGGCUGGAUUCAGCUGAUCUUAGUCUGGAACUGUAGUAGUAAUACAAAAAGCUUUACCUGAACAAGAGUGAUGGAUGACCUUUGACUCCAGGCCAUGUACAUGUUUUCAUCCAGGCAUUUCUUCAGCCACCUUACUAGCUCUUUGCAGUAAGCUUUAAAUUAUAGAAAAGCAUAAUGAACCUUUUUGUUUUGUUUUCAGCCUUGAUUCUAACGGCCUGUGCCCAGUUUGACCACAUGAAGUGUUCCCUAAAGAGAACCAUUGGCCAGUGUAGUAUGACCUCUUCCUCCAGGCUUUGGACCGAAGGUAUUGCGUAACUCCCCACUGGCUGUUUCAGCUGUUUCAGCUGUACUCUUUAAAAUGUUGUGGUUUUUAUUUUUGACCCGGAUCACUGAAAGUGGGAUUAGUGCAGGAACGCUCUCUGUCGCUCCACCGUGAAGGUUUGGAGAACCUCGAGGCGACCCGGGUUCUGUUCUUCCACUGAGCCUUAAGAAACGGAUGAUAUUUUAACUUUUAUUUUUGAAGACUUCUCACCCAUGGGAUUUCCAUUCAAGGUCGGAUCCUAACCCGACCAUCAGUGAGCGACUUAGGACUUGGAACCCUCUUUUUUUUUUUCAGAACAUGAAAUAUUCACGCUAACGUUCUUAUUGUAGAUAUAUAAGCAUGAAGGACAAGGCCCUGGUUUGUUUUAUGGGGUUCAAGAAUAGAUGCUGUUACCGGUAACACAAGUGCAUUCUCUCUCUGUCUCUCUGUGUGUGUGUGCGCGUGUGUGUGUGUGUGUGUGUGUGAAGGCAGCCUGUACUGAUUGUUGUCCUACAGCAUCAACAUGAUCUUAGACUGUGCUGUGCUACAUUAAAUAUCAGCAGUCUUUCAGCUCCCU